AUGCAUCAUAUUACAUUUACAGAAAGAAGAAAAGAACGUGAAAAGGCUAGAGAGCAUGAUGCAGAGAUGAAAAAUAUUGAAAGGGUACAGGAAUUCUUUCUGCAAGAGGUGCAGCUGGGAGAACACUGGUUAUCUAAAGGAGAACAUAAAAAGAGUGUGGAGCACCUCACUAAUGCUAUUUCAGUGUGUGCACAACCAGAUCAACUACUGCAGGUCUUGCACCGUACUCUACCACCACAAGUCUUUGAGAUGCUUAUGCAGAGAAUACCAUAUAUAAAACAACGACUUCAAGCAGCAUUGAAUGAGUAGGACUGUGCAGAAGAUGAGAUGGAAUGAGAGAUGGCAGCAAUAGAGAGGCAGGUCUCUAGUGGUAUAGCCUAUAAAUCCUUGUUUGACAAGAAAAAAAACCACCACAAAAACUGGAACAGUUCCCAUUUAUUGUACUUUGAUUAAAUAAAACACCUUGAAGAUAUUUUUGUAUAUAUUUCUGUACAAUGCUUUUUGCAUUAAAAUUAACAGUCAUAGUGAAAGAAACAAAUAAAUGGUCCUCUCCCUUCCCUGUCCCCCAAUCUAGGGACCAGCAUAACCAGUCUGCAGAAAUGGCUGUAGCAACAUUAUUUCAUUGCACAGUGUUAAAAA